AUGCCGCCAGACGACGCCGCGAGCGCCGCGCUCCGCUCGCUGCGGGACGCGCUCCGCGCGUCCCCACCCGACGCGGACAGCUUCGUCUUUCUCCUCUCCAGCACGCUCGACAACCUGGGGCUCUCGCCCACGUCAAUCGCGCCGGCUUCAGGCGCGGGAAGGGCGAUCGCGCGCCAGCUGCCGGCCGUGCAGCAGGCGCUGCUCUCCACCCUGCCCACCUUCCUGCCUGCGCUCGACGCGCGCGGCCGCGCCCUCGUCGACAGCUUCUUCGUUCCCGCCAAACACGCCGACCAGCUCCCCCUCAACCGCAGCGUCGCGCUGGUAUCCUACCUCAACCUGAGCGGCAUGCUCGCGCCGGCCCCGCCUGCGCCGCUGCCAGCCGAGUCGCGUGCUUACGUGCUCGACACGCUCGCGAAGCUGCCCGCGGCUUAUGGCAUCGACGACGUGUACUGGGCCACUUGGGGGCACGCGGCGGCCGAACUCGCCUGGGACGACGGGCUGCGCGCGCUCGCGGCGCUGCCCGGCAAAGUCGCGAACGCUGUCGGCCGCUGGCGCGAGGCUGGUUGGACUGGCGACGUGCCCGGCUCGCUCGUGCCGCGCGCGUACUUUGACUCACUGGUGCGCAGGCUCGAAAGCCUCAGCUAUGAGCUUGCGCAGGCGGGCACCAGCGAGCCACAGCACCUCCGGCAGGCGUACGCCAAGCUCGCUGGUCUCGGGCUGCUGACACCCCCGACUGUUGAGAGCGGGCCGACGCCGGCCUUCUUCCCCCCGUUUCUGCCGCCAGCGCUCGGCCACCUGCACCCGGCAGACGGCUCGCCGCUCCCAGCUUACCCCGGCUCAUUCUUCCCCGCCGUCCUCCUCCCGCUGCCGACGUCGACGCUCGCAACGCUCGCCGACUCGCUAGCGCAGCACGUCACCUUCCGCCUCGCGUCACCGUCGAGCCCGCUCGAGCCAGACGUGCCGGACGAACGGGUCUGCCGGGCCGCCGUCGUGGUCGCCGAGUUCCUGGGCCCCGCAAGCGUCGGCUCGGAUGCCUGGGCUGCGCUGCUGCAGACGCUUUUGAGGAGCGCUGCGGGAGAGGAGGUGCCCAAGGUCGCGCUGAGGCGGAGUAUUGUGGCCUGGGCUGCUGGCGGUGGCUCUUCUGCCGCGAGGCAGCUCAUCGAUCGCGUCAUGGACGUGUGGUCUGAUACCAAGCAAAUCAAGUUUGGGCUCUAUGGACAAUUAUUUGGCCUCACCCACACCCUCAUCCUCGCGCUCUCGCUGCUGCCGCAGUAUGACCCCUACCUCAUCGGCCUGGCGGGCCGCGCACAGUUCAUGCAGGCUGUGCAGGCCUUCCUGUCCCAUCCUGAUCCCAAGAUCCGGCGGUUAGGCAUGCUCGUUGCCGAGAUCCUGAGCGAGCUCACGAUCGUCGACAGCGGCGAGGAGGGGCCGACCGAGGAGGAGACCAUGGCCGAGCUGCAGGCCGACCUGGAAGACGACAGCAUGGGCGAGGAGCCACGGAAACGGAAUCGCAAGCCAGUCAAAGCGCGCCGCCUCAAGUUCACAGGAAUGUGGGACGGGAGCGGCGACGGCAAGGACGAGUGCAGGUGGCUCCGGGGGUGUCUCGGGGUCAAGGAUGCCGAUGCGGUGCUCACGGCCGACCCGUCGGGUACGGCGUGGCUCCUCGGCUGGGACAGGGACGUCGAGCCCGAGCCAGAGGUCUCAAAGCCCAGUGUUGUGGAGAUGCCCUCGCCCAAGCUUGAGCCACGAGGACGGAAACACCAGUCCCGGCCCAAGAUUAUCAUGCUGGACGACGACCAAGCGGCCGACCCGCUCGAGGGUUACGCCGAGUCGGACCCCGGCUCAUCACGGUCUCCGUCGCCCACACCGUCGUUCCUCGAAGAGGUGGCGGCCGAUCCGACACUCGCGAUCGACGCCACGAAGAAGAAGAAGCUCAAGCGGCCGGUAUAUGUCCGUCAGCUUGUCGAGCUGCUCCGUGACAAGGAGAAGCCCGAGUCAAUCGAGAUGGGAUUGGAGUGGGGUGAGGGCCUCAUCCGCGCCAAACGCAACUUUGGCGGCGAGGUCGUUGAGAAUGCCGUGGAUGUUGCCCAGGCGGCCAUCUCACUCUCUGACCCAUACCAUCUCGACGACUUUGAGAAGAAGCGCCAGGGCUUGGUGACUGCCCUCGUGGCCUGCUCGCCGCGCAACGUGCCUCCAUUCCUCGCAGAGCAGUACUUCUCGGCCAGCUACUCGCUGCUUCAAAAGUCUGUCAUGCUCACGGCACUCGCCAUGGGUGCCCGCGAGCUUGCGGGGCUUCCAUUCCCAGACCCACCACGGACCACGCGCCGCGUCGACUUCCCGUCCAAGACACUACCCCCAGCCCUUCACAAGAAGUACAUCACGCCGCAGGACCAGCCCCAGCAGGGUCAGCUGGAAGACGCAGCUGCCGACAUGCGCAACCUCCUACUGAGCAAGGGUGCGCGGCAGGGCGAGGAGACGGUGCCCGAGCUCGCAAGGCAGCGGCGGCUGCGUGUCGGUGAGCCGGCGAGACCAAAAGUUGCAGUCGAGGGCAGCCUGUCUGCGAGGCAGAUGGGGGCAACGCCAGCUCAGCGGCCCGUCGCCGCGUUCUCAUCCGUCGCCGCCGAGUUCUUCAUCCUCCCGCUCAUCAACCGCUUCUGGGAGUACUUCCAGGACGCAUCGGUGCGCGAGACGCGCGCGAUCGCCAGUGGCGGGCGGUAUCGGGGUGCAGGUACCGGCCUGGUCCUCUCUCCUAUGGCGCUGGAGAAAUUUCUCCUGACACUCGCGCUGCUGAUCCACGCGGCCCGGCACGCGCCGACUUUCCUCGCUGUGCUGGCACCUGCUGCCCUGGAGCUGGCGACGACCGUCGGUGCGCGGCACCAGGCCACACCAGACCUGGACGGCGAGGUGGACAACAGCCCGCAGGCGCAGGUCGUGUCCGCGGCGCUCGGCCUGGCGCUCGCAGUUCUCGACACUGCCGUCGAGCUAGACAAGGGGCGCACCUUUGCGCUUGAUGCGCCGGCGCUUGUUCUCGGCGCAGGGGAGUGGGCACAUGCCGUGUUCGAGGCGCAGAGCAGCGGUGAGCGCGCCGCUGGGGGCAGAGAAGGGAGGUUGAGAGCCGCUGCGGCUGGUGUGGUGGUCAAGGUUGCGGAGAUUGGCGAGGCGUUUGGGGGACUAGGGGGCGUUGGGCGGUAGUGGUAGUGGUGAUGCAGCAUGCUCGGGUGCGCCAUGUGAGGGCGACGGUU